AAUAGACGAACAAGUUGCUCACUGUUCAAUCGUCCUUCAUCAUUGCAGGACGUCUUUGAUAUUUAAAGAGGACUUGAAUUAUUAAUUUGGAAAUUAAUAUUAGUUUUUAAUAGAUAGAUAUAUUUAUACUUACUGUUAUUUUCAUCAAUCGUCUAAAUAUGAAGAUAAUCAGCGUUCUAGUAUUACUUUUUGCGAUUGUCUUUAGCCAAGGUCAUCCUUUACUGAAAUCCGAAGCAACCGAAGAUAAGUUACCAGAACCAGAGAAAAUUCCCACUGCUGAAAAGGAAAAACCAGAUUUAAAUGCUAAACCAGAACCAAUAGAAGAAUCUAGCGCUCCCCUAAAGCCAGAAAGUCCAAAUUUGGAUCUAAAGCCACAAACGGAGAACGAAGCACCACCAGUUCCUGUAAUUCCUGAUAAUGUUACUCCAGAAUUGCCAAGUAAUAUAAAUUUAGAGCGAAAAUACAAUGAAUACGAUCAGAGGCAAAAUGGAUCAGAAAAUUAUCGAAUUCAAGUUGAUGGUUUGGUAUUUGUCCUGGCUCCAGCGGAUGCUCUUCUCUUAGCUGGUGGCGCAGCAGAGGGUUCAGAUUUAUUGGGUGCUCAACCAAAUAUAACAGCUCUUCUCAAUGCAACUGGUUUAAAAUCAAAUAAAGAACAUUCUGAACCGUCACAACUCUCCCCACUUUAUUAUUCAGCACCAAAAAAACAAUCCGAAGGACCAGUGUCGAUAAAAUUAAUUAAUCUGAUUGCACCGCUUUUGGAACAGAGAAGGAAUUUAGGAAGGUAGUAAUUUUCCCGGAAGAACUGGCGAAAAAAAACUAUUGUUGUGAUUGAGUCUACGUUCAUUGAAAUCAUAAUUGUAAUAUGUCUAACUAUCAUUCUCAUGUACUCGUGAUAUUCAUUUAAUUCAAUAAAUAUACCAAGUCCGAAAGAAA